GCAGUCAGCACAGCAGAAGAAAUUAAGGAUACAAAAGAUUAGUGUCAGUUGUCCCGCAAAAAAAAAAAAACGAACGAACAAACAAACAAAAAAGCAUUUGUAUGCAAUGGUGAUUCGUGUCUUUUCAGGUUUGUGUUGAAAUGUCUGUCAGUGACACCUCCAAAAAGAGUGAUUCAAACGGAGACGAAUCUGGUAGCUUGCAUUGUCUUCCAGUGGAUGAAAAUUAUUAUUCCUCGCAACACGAAGAAGUAUGGAAUAUGGAAAAGACCAUUGACAUUCAGCUAGCUAUCGAUACUUGUAAAGAAAAAAUUCUUGCGUUGGAGGAAAUAUCUGAAGAAAAACGCCUAUUAGUACAGAGAUUAGUUAAGCUGAGACUUAGACUUCAAGAAGUACAAGAACUUGAAAUAUACAUGGAUCCUAAGAAAAUGAAGGUGGUGCAAAGCCACAAGUUUGUUUGUCAAACUGUAACACAGUUGAAAUUUCAUCCAUCCCAAAUAUAUUGUGAAACAUGUUCUGGCCUUAUUUGGAUACCAGUUCAAAGUUGCUUUGUUUGUUUAGAAUGUGAUUACAUAUCUCAUGGACAAUGUCUGAAUAGUGUCAAACGAAUAUGCGCUUCUGUUAAAGUUAAAGAAAAUCCUUGCUACGUUCUAGAAAUUUGUCCAGAGAAAAGUUUAAGAAAUCAAAAUUAUCGUUGUGCUGAAUGCAAAGCGGGAAUAUCCUUCAACACUGCCCUUACUCAACCCCUCUUAUGUGAUUAUUCUGGUAAUUACUUCUGCAGUGAAUGUCAUUGGGGAAGUUUAAGUGUAAUUCCUUCAAGGGUAGUGUUGAAUUGGGACUUUCAUGAAUAUCCAGUUUCUAAAGGAUCAAAACAAUACUUAAAUUUAAUGAUGAAGAAAUCAAUUAUCAAUUUAGAAACCAUCAACCCCAAGCUAUUUAGUUUUGUAGAAGAACUAGCUUAUGUCAAGCGUUUAAGAAGCGAUUUUAUGAUCAUGAAGGAAUACAUCCUAACAUGCAAAGAUGCGUUGGAAGCUAAAUUACUUCGGCUUUUAGAAGAUCGUCAACAUUAUGUAGAAAAUUCUGAUUACUAUAGUAUUCAAGAUCUUAUGGACAUUGACAAAAAAGAUUUGAUAUCCUACCUUGAACCUAUACACAAUCAAUUUUUAAUGCAUAUUACGCAAGAUUGUGUGGGAUGUCGGGGUAAAGGUCAUGUAUGUCGAUUAUGUGGUCAACUUCCGGAACUCUUCCCCUUCGAAAUUUCUGCGACGCAGUGUGAGGGCUGUUACAGCGUUUAUCACCGACAUUGUGCCAACAAAAGAGAUGUUGUUUGCCCCAAGUGUGGAAGAGUUAAUCAUACAAUUAAAUGAACAUUUUGGUUUGUUAUCUGUUGUUUCACAUAUUGUAGAUUAAAAUUAUGAAAACCAAAAUAAUUAUUUGUUUAAGAGUAUCAUAAAAUUUUUAAAUUCUGUCAAAAUAUAUGAACAAAACAAAGAGAAUUAUUCAUGUACGUGUAAUUUUUUAUUGUCCAUUUAAAAAUGAAAUUAAUAGCAUUUCAUAUUACAGAGGCACUUUUCACAUAGGGUAUUUGGAAUAUUGUUUACAAUCAGAUAAAACGCGACAAUUUUGGAUUUCACAAAUUCUAUGAUUAUUCAAAAAAAUCCCAAUUGAAUUAGAGUUGGUCAAGAAUAGGUGAUUAGUUUAAUAAAUUUAUA